GAGGCGUCGCUGCAUUAUUUCACGUUCAGCUGUGCUGGGCUUCCAGUGUCCAGGCUUUCUACCCCUGCUCCGUCGCUCUCUAUCACCUGCUGGCUGGAUUGGGUGACGUUGGACAACAAAGAUGGCGGCAGGGAACAGCAACUAUUGGGAAGAUUUGAGGAAACAGGCCCGACAGCUGGAGAAUGAACUUGAUCUGAAGUUGGUGUCUUUCAGCAAACUGUGCACCAGUUACAGCCACAAUAACUCCAGAGAGGGAAGACGCGACAGCUCUGACACAACUCCACUACUAAAUGGAUCAAGCCAAGAUCAUAUGUUUGAAACAAUGGCAGUGGAAAUCGAGCAGCUUCUGGCAAAGCUUACUGGAGUAAAUGACAAAAUGGCUGAAUACAGCAGCACAGCUGGUGUGACUUCUAUAAAUGCUGCGCUGAUGCACACGUUACAGAGGCACAGAGAUAUCCUGCAGGAUUACACACAUGAAUUCAACAAAACUAAAGCCAACUUCCAGGCAGUCCGAGAAAGAGAAGACCUCUUGGGAUCAGUACGAAAGGAUAUUGAGUCAUACAAAAGUGGAUCUGGCGUUAACAACAGGCGAACAGAACUAUUUUUAAAAGAACACGAGCAUCUCCGUAGUUCGGAUCGUUUAAUAGAAGAAACCAUAAGUAUUGCUAUGGCAACAAAAGAAAACAUGACGUCGCAGAGGGGAAUGAUGAAAUCCAUUCAGAGCAGGGUGAACACCUUGGCCAAUCGCUUUCCCGCGCUCAACAGCCUCAUCCAGAGAAUUAACCUGAGGAAGCGCAGAGAUUCGCUCAUCCUGGGCGCAGUUGUUGGCAUUUGCACUAUUUUGAUGCUGCUCUACGCUUUCCAUUGAUGACUGACACCUCACAGACUGACCAACCACAGCCCAGGGCUGAGUCCAGCUGCCAGUCCGAGUGGAGAGCGGAAGGCACAGUUGAGUGCACACAACCUGUAGAUAAGGGAGCGGGAUAUCUUAAACCAAUUUACAUUUUAUAUUGGAAAUCUUCCUAGCGCUGGCAGUAUCCCCGUGUUAGCCAGCCCUGCACCACACACACCUGUAACCGUUUACUGUAGCCAUGAUGUAUGUGGAUAUAAACAUGUACUUCCCAGGGGGGGGGGGAGUUACACAUACAUUGUGCUAUGCUGCUAACAGGCAAUCUGUUCUCACACUGCCUUUUGUGUCUGAUUGCCUGAACAUUUAGUUUCAUGCAAAUUCUACAGUUAACUCAUUUAUUUACAAAUUCAUCCUCCCAAUAAAAGUCAACAUUGUUAAUGUGAAUUGCUUUAAUAUCUACUAACGUCACUGACUGGGGCUCAUGGGAGUCAGAGAACAGAGAUUAAGGUCGUUUGGUUCUAUUCUCUAUCAGACAAAUAGGUCUUUCCUCUGUCUCAAAUUAUAAGCAUGACCUCCCAUAGGACACACCAGAACAUCCGUAUUAGGGUAGGACUAAACGGAUGUUUUCGGCGCAAUCUGACGCUCUUUGACAAAACGCAGGCGUCAAAUCGGAUGUGACGGAAAUAAGGUAAGAGAUAGAAAUGUCGGAUGAAGUCGCAUCGUUGAUCCGGCGUCUGCAUCCGACUGUCGCGUCGGAUAAACGAUGCAACACCGUCCAACAAUGCAUUCACUUACCUUAUUUCCGUCGCAUACAAUUUGACGCCAGAGUUUUGUUGCAGCGCGUCGGAUGGUCCGUGUAGUCCUACCCUAAGUUACAUGUUUGUAGGAACCUUGCCAGCAGUUAGUUACCAUAUACAUUUGGGACCAUCCAAUGUCCCUCUUGCUAGCUGUGUAUGAGUUGCUCUUGGGUGCACAGGUGAUAUACAGAUGGACCUUCCAAUUAGAGAUUGACCCUUCUUGAGUCCGUAGCUGGUGGAAAUGCAAGAUUCUCAUUGGCCAUGUGAAGCCUCCAGUCCCAGAGAGGUGAAACUUCAAUUUCAGUAGUAAAGCGUAUAAACGUUUUAUGGUGACCACAAAGUAUUUCAUCAUCCAUAAACAAAGAGCAGAUGUCCUAUUGUAUUCCUUGGAUACAUGUACAUAUUGCAUUCCCAUAACAGCAUAAUCCAAACGAAUACUACGGACAUGAGUGGAGCUAGUAGCCUCCUUACUCUGGGAAUGUGCAAAGCCCCCUCCCCAAUUUAGUUGGCCCAUUGAAUAGGAAAGUGUUAAUCUAAACAAAGUGUCUAAUCCCAAAGCAUCUACCUGUAUAUACCCCCCCUCUCCUCCUAAUGGCACUUUCUCAUUCGCCUUUACAGAUCGCUCCGUAAAUCUAAUGAUAUUUUAUUGCUCUUGUAAUUAUUUUCCCAUUUUCUGCACCUAAUGUGCAUUUUCUGUCUGUAAUAAAGAAGAAAGCUUUGUUAUGUAAUUUAAUAAUAAAUUAGAAUUCUACAUA